AUGCAGGAAAAGACCGCCGUUCUGCUCAUCGACCCUCUCAACGAGUUCUUGCACCCAGAGGGCAAGAUCUACCCUACUCUCCAGGCGAGCAUUGAGGCCACCGACACGGUGACCAACCUCCAGAGAUUCGUCAAAAUCGCCCGGAGCAACACACUUCCGAUCCUCUACUGCCAGCACCAACUGUUCGAAGAGGGCGUGUAUGACGACUGGAAGCACAUGUCCAAGAGCCAGCUCACCAUCCAGCAAACCAAGGCCUUUACGGUGGGCAGCUUUGGAGCCGAGAUUAUGAAGGGACUUGAGCCGGAUAAGAGCAAUGGGGAUGCGAUUGUCUCGCGCCACUGGAACAGCAGCUCGUUUGCCAACACCGACCUCGACUAUCAGCUUCGUCAACGAGACAUUACGCAUGUAGUCGUUGCCGGAAUGGUCGCUAACACGUGCCUCGAAUCUACUGCUCGCUAUGCUGUCGAGAUGGGCUACCACGUCACAAUCAUAGCCGAUGCAACUGCCGGAUUCUCGAUUCAGCUCAAAGAGGCCGCAGAGAAAAUCAUCUGGCCCACCAUUGUGGACGAAGUUUUGCAUGUGGACGAGUGGGCUGCGAAAUUGAACAAGAAGGCCUAA